AUGGCAGACAAAUUAGGAAACGAAAAUACCAGCUGGGUAGAGAAGGUGUUCUUCUUCUUCUUCUUGUUUUUGUUUUCUGUGCGGAUGAUAAUAGCAGAUCAAGACACAGUUAUCGGUCAUAGUCAUAAACUUGAGGUUGAUAAACUUUUGAAGAAGUUGAAUAAACCAGCUGCUAAGUCCAUUAAGUGUGCCUCGGUAUUUAUUAAAGGAAAUAAAUAUUAUGGAGGCAAGGGAGCCAUGAACGUUUGGAAUCCUAAUGUUGAACAAUCCCAAGAAUAUAGUCUCUCUGCAACAUGGGUUGGAAGUGAUGCUGAUCGUGAAAAUAUCGAAGUUAUUGAAGCUGGUUGGCAGAGUGAUUCAAGUAAGAACACGGGAUGCUAUGAUCUUCUUUGUUCUGGCUUUGUUCAAGUUUACUCUGCAGUAGCUUUGGGAAGCAGCAUCAUGCCCUUAUCCCUAUACAAUGACACUAAUUCCCAGUAUCAAAUCACCAUUACCAUCUGGAAGGAUAAAGGCGAUGGAGACUGGUGGAUGCGAUAUGGCACUGAUCAAAUUGUGGGAUAUUGGCCUUCCUCUUUGUUCUCAAGUCUAUCAGACAGUGCAACAGUGAUAGAGUGGGGAGGUGAAGUAGGAAACUCAGGAACUAAUGGACAACACACAACAACACAAAUGGGAAGUGGGCAUUUUGCAGGGAAAAGCUAG